AUGGUAAAGAAUAAAACAAAAAAUAUUUGCCGAGCGAAGCAGGAUAUGAUUAGCGGCUUACCUGGUCAUGUAAUAGAUGUGAUUCUGUCUUGCUUGCCAAUUAGGGAAGCCGUUAGAACAAGUGUUUUAUCAAAAAAAUGGAGGAACAAUUGGCACACACUACCGAAUCUUGUAUUUGAUAGAAAAUGCGUGGCUUCCCAAGAUCCUUCAAUUAUUGAGAGCAAAUUUUUUAGAGUGGUUUAUAGUGUACUUUUACAUCAUUCUGGACCAAUCAACAUGUUCAAGAUCCAUGAUUUUGAGUUCAUUUGUAAGAAUGAUAUUGAUCAGUGGAUUCUUCAUCUAGCCAGAAGAUCUAUUAAAGAGCUUGUGUUACAAAAUUAUACUGUGGAAGAAGAAGAUUUCUAUGAGAUACCUUGGUGCUUAUUCUCUUGUCAAAGUUUACAUUGUUUAGAACUAACUUAUUGUCUUUGGAAUAAACCUCCAAGGACAUUUAAAGGCUUCAAGGACUUGAAAAGCCUUAAUCUAAAUGUGGUUAGAGUGACUCAAAAUGCUUUGGAAAACUUGAUAUCCGGCUGCCCCCUACUUGAAGAGUUGAUAUUGAUGCACAUUGAUGAUUUAACCGAAUUUACUAUUCAUGCACCAAAUCUCAAGUUUUUUCAAUUCUGUGGUAAAUUUGAGAGUAUCACCUUUGACAACACUUUCCAAUUAGCUACAAUAUCAAUUGAUUUAGUUACGGACUUGGACCCCGAAAGCAAUCGAAGGAGAUUACAUGGACACUUUAGCAAUUUGCGCAAAUUUUUUGAUCAUCGACCUCACAUUCAGAGCCUAAUGAUUCAUACAUAUUUUUUGAAGUAUUUGAUUGCAGGUAAUGUGCCAAUAAAGCUUCCUACACCUUGUAUCAGUCUGAGAUCUCUUUCUUUAUUCAUAAAUUUUUAUGACCUUAAGCAAAUUUUGGCUACCCUUUGUUUGCUCAGAAGCUCGCCUAAUCUUCAAAAUUUAGAAAUAUUUACGCUGAAUGAAGUGCAUAAUGUAUCUUUGGAACUUGGAACCUAUUGUUGGGAAGAAACAUUUUUGAGGCCAGACACGCCCCUCCAAAUGCGACAUGUGACAUUACAUUGGAUCUCUGGUAUUCAGCCUGAAUUAGAUUUUAUCAGAUUUUUACUUCUAUAUUCGCCUGUGCUAGAAAAGAUGAUGGUGAAGCAUCAUCGUGUGGUCAGACCAGAGUUAAUGACCGAACUAAUUAGGUUCAAGAGAUCAUCCGGAGAAGUUGAAGUUAUUUAUUCUCUUUAA